AUGCAGGUGGCGGGCGACGGGAUCCAGAAGCUGCUGGCGGCAGAGUCUGCCGCGGCUACCAUCGUGGCAGAGGCGCGCAAGGCCAAGCAGGAGCGCUUGCGGCAGGCCAAGGCUGAGGCCGAGCGUGAGAUUGCGGCCUACAAGGCGGAGCGUGAGGGCGCUUACCAGAAGAAGCUGGCGGAGUCGACGAGCGGCGCCGCGGCCACGUCCGAGCGGCUACACAAGGAGACGGAGCUGUCCAUCAAGCAGGUGCAGAGCGACGUGGCGGCCAGCAAGGCGACAGUGGUGGACCUGCUGGUCAAGUACGCCACCACAGUCAAGGACUGA